CUUAUUGUAUGAUUCACUGACACUUGAAUAUGAAAACAUAGACUUCAGUCAGUCAUCGCCUCACUCUCUCACCAUGCAAGAAGCAUAUAUUGUAGUGAGGCUACUUGUUCUGAUAAGUAUUGUCUUUGGACAAGAAAAUGAGUUGACCAAAAAUGGAACAAAGCCGAAGCCGGGGAAUGACUUCCCAAUAGGUGAUCCAAGGCGAUGUAUAAUAAAGGGGACGCCGAAGUACCGGUUUGAAGUCCUUCCUGGAGGAGGCUGGGACAAUCUCAGGAACAAAGAGAUGGGAAUGAUUGUGAAGCUGAAUUAUUCACAGUGCAGGACCACCGACGACGGACGAUUUUUGCUCCCAGAUGGCGUAUUUACAAUCCCAUUGAAAAGCAGCAAGGUUGAAACGUACGCCGAGCUGAUCGAACACUGGGACAACUUCACAAGUACGCUAUCUCGAUCCGUUAACGUUCACGCCGGCUUGCACUUAUCCCACGUCGGUAUCAGCGGGAAGUUCUCGGCCGAGUAUGAGAGCGUCAAGUCCCGACAGCACUACGACAAGUCAGUCACCACCAGAAUACAGGCUCGAUACCUACAGUACACAUCCAAGCUAGAACCGGACACACCGGUAAACGAAGCAUUCCGGAAACGGCUUUACAAGAUCGCAGCGAGUCACAUGCUCAACCGGACCGACCAAGCCCGCUACGAUAGUCAGCUGCUCGUCAGGGAUUUUGGAACUCACGUGAUCACCAGCAUAGAUGUAGGAGCAGCUCUUGUCCAACUCGACCAGAUUAAUGUUGACUACAUGAAGAAGUCAGAUUCCCAUAAAAGUUCUGUGUUGGCGUCGGCCAGUGCAAGCUUCUUUGGUGUAUUUGAUUUCGGUGCGAGCUACUCCCAGUCGGCUUCCGCAUCACAGAUAAACGAGUACCGCUCUCAACGCACCAGUUCCCACGUAUUGACUUACGGUGGACCAGUUUACAGACCCAGUAAUUUUUCGGCAAACAAAUGGAGUGAUGCUGUCGAAAAUGACCUGGUAGCGCUGGACCGAGGUGGUGACCCGAUAUUUUAUCUGGUCACAGAUGUUAACCUGCCGAAUGUCCCUCAAUCGGUCAUUUAUGAUGUGUAUGAUUACGUCAAGGAUGCCGUCGCUCUUUAUUACGAGCACAAUGCACACCGGGGAUGUACAAACUCAGAAUCCCCAAAUUUCAGCUUUCAGGCGAACAUCGACGAUGGUUCCUGUAAACCACCGAGAUCUAACUUCACAUUUGGCGGAGUUUAUCAGACUUGCAGUAAAUCUGGGAUAAAAAACCUUUGCGAUAAAAUGACACAGAAGAAUCCUCAAACUGGGGAUUACAAUUGCCCAGUUGGGUACGAAGCUAUUCUGUUGCAAGAAGGUUCUUCUCGAACGUCAGAGGCCAGAAGAGAGUGUCACCGCUGUCAUUGGUUUUUCCAUUGCUGUUCAACGAAUACCUACGUUUCCACUGCGUCUUAUGCUGCAUACUGGUGCGCAGCCACUGGGCAGGUGAAAUCCAACAGUGGUUUCUUGUUCGGAGGGUUAUUUACGCAAACGACUUCGAACGUUGUUACUCAGUCACAAAGUUGUCCUUUGAAAUUUUAUCCAGUCAAGCUCUUGAAGGAACUUACGAUAUGCAUCAGUGACGACUACGAGCUUGGCUACCAGUACUCUUUACCUUUUGCUGGAUUCUAUACAUGUAAAGCAGGAAAUCCACUUGCACUGGCAGAACGCAAAGAGUUGCUGAAGAGCUCUAGUGAAACUAGUAUGUUGACAUCGUUCAUGUUAGCAUCUGGACCAUCGGCAUAUCCGCAUGGAUGCCCCGAAGGAUACAGCCAGCACUUAGCUGAAGUUGACGACGGUUGCAGUAUAAACUAUUGCGUAAAGACUGGAUCUCUCUCAGCACAAGGACUACCCAUUGUACAGAGACCUCCGUAUGUGGAAGCACCCAGAGACGGAUUCCAGGCAUUACUCCCUGCUUCAAGCUCUGUGGUGUUUGAUGACAUUGGCGAUAUGUGGACAACCGAAAACUCCGCGGACCAGGUCAUUCCAGGGUUCUUGAAACAGCUUGGUAUAGAACUUCCUCAGGGCAUAACAAGCAAUGUGAAUACGAGCCCGGUACCUAACGGCAGCAACUCGUCCAAGCUGUCCGGCGGAAGCAUUGCCGCCAUAACGCUCUCCGCUACCCUUGUUUGCGUUGUUCUCGCCACCAUAGUUGUUCUAAAAAUCCGCCGGAGGCGCGUCCGGUACCGAGAAACGGAUCCGUGGAGCGGCCAAGAGGAGAAUAGGAGAAUCCGAGAGGUUUCGGCGACGCUGGGCUACACUCAAAUCCCCCCUUCCGUUACAUCGGCGUAAACUGACAAUGAUGGUGUAUAGCUUAUUUACCGUGUAUCCAUAUGAUAAUUACUUACAUUAAUUUCCAUUCUUUGGUGGGUGUGUUCAAUGCAUACAUUUUAGAAUUCAGAUUUGAGUCAGUUUUGGGUGAUUUUUUGUACAUAAAUAAAAGCUGCAGAUAAAACUUCA